UAUUCGAUUCGACGAGACGCACAACUGGAAAUUUCGAGUAUAUCACAUAGUACCUAUAUUUAAUAUAUAUACACUCACCAAUUCCGAUCCGAAGGAAACACGGCUUACGAUGCAAAAUUCAACAGUGAUCAGCAGGGUGAAUGCGGGCUUGAGUCGCUGUUUGAGCCACCAUCGAAAAUUGUGCCGUGGCAUCGCCGAGUUGGACUGUCUCAUCUACAACGAUGAGUUCCUCAAGGAUCCCAGGACUCAGUGGCUGCUCCACCAGCGGCGGCAAAAGGAGGCCGAGUUGGCCAAGAAGGAGGAGGAGAAGAAGGCCGCGCAUUUGGGCCAAAUGCGAAGUGAAAUGCGUCGACUGUUGGGUCAAUCCAAAAUUGCUCUAACUUCGCCAACGGGAAAGGCCAAUCUGUCUGUGACUCGUGCCUUUUGCCAAUUGCUGCAAGGCGAAUCCUCGUCUGGCAGUCGUACUCCCAAGUCCCGAACUUUCACAGGACCUCUGCCCGCUCCCACUCCUUUGCCUUCGCCCGAAAGACGACAAAGUCUGAGGGUCAGCACAAGUAUUCCACGUCCCGAAAAGAAAUUCUACGUAAAGUUCUGUCAGAGCAGUUAAGCAGGAAAAUGUAAAUAGGACAUCCCCAGUAAAUUCACAAGCAGGAGGGCAAAUUACAGAGCUACAGCGCAAGAAAUCCUAAGAAGAAAAACUUGGAAAAAUAAAUUUGAAUAUUGUCAAGAAAUUCCUUAGACAACCACUUUUAAUUCCGACAGAGAUCUACGAACAAGUACGAUCUCUGGCAGAUUUGCAAGUUGUUAUCUUUUGGAUUUCUUUAAUAAUUCAAAUUCGUGUUCCAUUUAUCUAAGAACCUAAGCAACCUAUAUAACUCAUAAUUAAUUACUAUAAAAUCAAUAGCAGAUGCCCAUGAAUUCCCGAACUACUGCAUACAAAACUCGUAUUCUACACAUAAAACACUCCAAUUGGAUGAAAAUGAGUUGUUAAUUAUCAAUUGUUAUUUAUUAUUUACUCUUAAGAAAUAUGUAAUUUAAAAAAUACAAUCAAUUAUACGGGAUUGGAAAAUAAAAGCCCAAGAAAAUCUCGGUGAUAACCCAUCACAAA